UCAUGAUGCCACCACCUGAUCGAAUAAAUUAUGCUGAAAUGAAAGUUUAAGUAUAACUUGGUUUUAUUUAAUUAGAGAAUUCAAAUUCCUGUUUAAGUGGCUGUACUUAAACCAGUCUAUGUUGAUUGUCCUUAUCCUUCCUAUGUAUUUGUUGAAGGUGAAAGUGAAGUAAAGAAAUUGGAAAUGAAAUAUGGUAAUUGGAGACAAUUUUUAACUAAUCCUCAAUUAUAGACUUAAAUAAUGGAAUUAUUUAGUGACACUGAAGACUCUGAUUCAGAAGAUGAAAAAAAAAAGAAAAAGAAAAAGAGAUCAUCUAAAACAAAAACAUAAUUAAAUAAUGCAAAAUCAUCUAAAGAAAUAAAAGUAACAUAGGAAUAGCAGCAAUCAAAUUAACAAUAAUAAAAUUAAUCUUCAACAGUUUAAACAUAUUCUUAAACUGAUUAAAAUAAAAACUAUUAUGAAAGACCACCAAUCUAAUUGGAUGAUAGAGGUGCUUAUUUUUAAAAGUAAAAUGUCCCUUCAAGUUAAUUAUCAAGAAAUCAAACUUUAAUUUAUCCAACAAUGAAUAUUCUUUAAACUAGGUAAUUCAUUUGCAUAUCAUUUUAAAUAGAAAUGAAACUAUUCCAAAUAAUGCUUCAAAUGUAUCAAGAGGUAGAUAAGAUCUAUAAAAUUAUAAGAGUAAAUUAUUCAUAUUAAAUUAGCAUUUCUUUAAAAAUCAUCAUAAAACCUUUUACCUGCAGGAGAGGCAGGAAAAUCUAGAUAUGAAUAUUAAAAUAACUGA